CUUAGACCUAUGUAGUUCAAUUCGCUAUUCGUGUCGCGUCUCGUUUCCUUGGUUCCAUAGGAGACUUCGAUUUCAAGCCAGGUCAUCAUCUACCUCAACAGCAACCAGACUCAGACAAAACCUAUACCAACUAUCUACUUACCAACUCACCACGUUCCUUACCUAAACCUAAAAUCUAUUCGUUUAUCAUCUUGUAAUCGACAAUGCUCGGUACUCUUGUCGGUUUAGCCAUGUUGGUGGCCGCCUCCGUCGUCUUUCUCUACUAUUCGAUCUGGACGUUGGCUAUGCCCUUUGUCGAUUCAGACCACCCACUCCACAACUUCUUCCCACCGCGGGUCUGGGCUAUUCGUUUACCCGUUAUCCUCAUCCUACUUGGAUGCGCCGUUGUCGGCUCGUUCCUGAGCGUCGUCAUGAUCCGUAGCAACAGGAAGAAGGCUGCUAAGGCUAAGGCCGCAGCAUCUAAGAAGAAGGCGUAGGUGGUAUUGGCUCCGGGAAUAAAAAAACGUGUACUUCAAAUACGCGGAGAAAUUGGGCGAAGUUGGACUUGAUUGGACUCUAGUUAUGGCGUUGCAAGCGUUAUAUUGAGGCAGCUUGCCGAUCUAUGUUGCUAAAUCUACGUAAUAAACCCCUAAUGGUAAAAGAGAAAAAAAUGAACAAUAAUCAACACAGUUCACGUCCUGGAAGAUGAAUGCCAGAGGGGAUUUGACGGUAUCUAAUUGAGUUGUGUUCUCAAC